UCUGACAUCAUUUAUCUCUACACUGAGCAGAUGAGCCGAGAGCAGCAGCCCCUGAUCAUGUGACUCCUCCUCCUCCAUGUGACUGAUCACCUGACUGUGACAUCAUCGCAGGUCCUGUUAGUACACUUCCUGUACAGCUGUGAGGAAGGAGCAUGUCAUCCUGCAUUGUUUCUGGUUGUGCUACUUCCUGGCGACGGAGAAAUCCAAACAUAUCCUUACAUUGUUUUCCUAAAGAUAAAGAUCGAAUAAAAUUGUGGUUAGAAAAAACAGGCCACUAUGCAAAUAAUUUGCAAGAGAUGGUUGAGAAAGUAUGGAUAGGCACAAUAAAUGACACCUAUCGGAUGUGCUCUUUACAUUUUUCAAAUGAAUCCUUUCGUUAUUAUGAGGAUCGUCGAACAUUACGGAAGGAUGCCAUACCUUCAAUUUUUGGACAGGAUUUACAUUCGAAAGAAUCACUAUCGAAGCCUCCAAGUAAUGGUCAACAGUUGCCCAAACAAGGAUGUGGUAAUGAGAUAUCAAAUUCUAGCGUGACAAAACCAACCAAUGUGUUCUCAGUUAGUGACUCUUUUUCUCAAAAAAUAUCUGAUAAUUUACCGAAAAUACAGGGUGAUUUAGAAAUUGAAAGACAAAAAACUACCACAAAUUCCGUCAACUUACCCGGAUCCCAUGAUAUUUAUAUUCUGCCUGGAAGUGUUCCCUCCGCAAGAUUUCAAAACAUUAGUAAUCUGACCUAUGGCCAACAGUUAACAACUGACAACCAAUUGUACAACUUUGGAUGCACUAUUAUCAAAAACGUUUCAAAUAAUGACAAUGUUGCGAAACCAAGUUUGGAAACGAUAGAGCACGUUAAAAAAAAACAACUGAAGUCAGUAGGGACUCAAACUGACCAAAUUUUGAAACGUGACUUUGCUACCAAUACCACUUAUCUUCAUGUGUCACAUAACAAAGCCACACAAACCAGAGUGUUUCAACAAAACAAAAAAAUUAUGUGUUCCAUCUUAAAAACACCAAGCCAAACAAUGGGUAUCCAGCGGAGACUUACUCCUUCCAAAAAAAUGAUUGUUAGCAAGAAAAAAACCCUAAAUCUUCAGCCGAUACAUAACAAACUAUACAGAAAUACAAGAGGGGAUCAAUGUGGAAAAGUCAGCAGUUUAGCUAUCUCAGUAGCAAGUUCAGUAAAAUUGCCAAUUAUACCCACGUUUGCAAACCAAACUCAAACCUGUCAAAAAUUGAAAAACACAACACAAGGAAACUUACUUGACAUUUCAGGAAUGGUCAAUCCAACGUUGAAAAUGCACCAACCGGUUUCCGAAAUGAAUAUGAAACAUUUAUUCAGGAAUGAGCAAGACAAAAUAAAGAUGCGUGCACCAACCAUAAUCUAAAUUUGCAACAAUUUCAACAUCAUGUAAGUUUGCAGCAAAAUAAAUCAAUAUGAUCUUAUAGCAGCAAUGAAACUAUCGAGGACCCAAGAGAUCCAAUGUCUUCACCCACCAAGCUUACCACGUACAAGCUUAGAAUCCGACUUUUCUGAUGUCACAAUGGAUGAGGAACAUGUAGCCUUUCGAUUUUGAAAAUAUAGACUCUAUCGGUUUGAGCUAUGAGCUUGAACCCAAGUAUAUCGUUUUUGAGUCAUGUUUAACCCCUUCAUGACCCAGCUAGAUUUGGUCUUUAUGACCCAGACCGUUUUUUUUUUUUUUUUUUUUUUAUCUGACAUGUGUCUCUUUAUGUGGUAAUAACUUUGAAAUGCUUUUUCCGAGCAAUGCAAUUUUGAGAUGUUUUUUUUGUGACUUAUUGUACUUUAUAUUAGUAGUAUAUUUUUGUUGAUACAUGCUGCGGUUUUUGAGAAAAACUCAAAAAUAUCGAUUUGGAAACUAUCUACUUGUAAGAGAAAUAGUUAUGCCAAAUAAAUUUUAGUUAUUAAUUCA